AUUCAAAAACACAUUCUUCUAUCAAAAGUUCAAAACAUUCUAUCUAUAUCUAUCUUAUACUAGAUAUUAAUCUUCCCCUCCUACUAAAAUGAAGAGUAAGUUCAUUAAGUCCUGCGAAAAGAAACUGAAAAAGAUGACAACCAAAGUCAUAAUACCUUGUGCGUCUUGCGAGGCAUGCUACGAGAGAAUUUGCUGGGCAUUCAAGAAGGAAGCUGAGGUGAUACCAAGAGAUGUCCCUAAGGGACAUUUGGUUGUCUAUGUGGGAGAAGAGUACAAGAGGUUUGUGAUAAAGAUCAACUUGCUUAAACACCCACUCUUCCAAGCAUUGCUGGAUCAAGCACAAGAUGCUUACGGUUUCAGUGCUAACUCCAGACUAUGGAUUCCAUGCAAUGAGAGUACUUUCCUCGAUGUUGUCCGUUGCGCUGGUGCUCCACAGCAUCAGAAUAACUGCAUAUGUAUCUAGGAAGGUUCUUGUACAGGGAAUUCAAGACAUUCAUUGAUUUAUCCGGCUCCACGUUUACAAAAAGAAUGUUGUUCAAUGCUAAGCUAUCGGGGUACACUAAUAAUAUAAGACUUUUUGUAUUAAAUGUGUCUUUCAAUUCAGCGGGAAAUGUAUUACUAUUAGCUACAAGGAAAGCAAUAAAAUAUGAUUAAAGUU